CUGCCUGCUUUGGGGGGGGUCAGAGUGCAGCAAGGAAAGCCAAGGAGCAUGGUUAGCUGAAUGAGGUUCAGGUGGGAAAGCGGUCAACGCUCUGAUUGACCGAUGAGCACCAGCUUCUGCUCUCCGGCAGCACACCAGACUCCCGGCAGCAGUUCUGGCCGAAUUUAUCUAUGGCAGAGGGUUGUCUCGCAAACAAGCCUUGAGAUGUCAAGAGUGGAAAAAGAGCAGCUGUGGCAUGUUUAGUGUGAUAGGAAAGGAAUGUGUUUCGUUCACUUAUGUUUGAGUUGCUUUAUCAGCCUGCCCCGGUGUUCUGGAGUAACCUUGUACUCCUCCAGCACAAGUACGUGUACCUUCCCGCUCUUCCCUAAAGCUCCCCCCUUCAUCCGGGUAUCGCGGUAAACCCCUGCGACGAUGCCGCCGCUCCAGAGACUUCCUCUUUUUGUCAGCCCUGAGCUGAGGCUCUAUCAGCAAUGGGGUCCUGUGCUCCUGUUGAGUGCGCUGUGGGCCCUCUGCCAGGAGGACGUCCCCCUCUACCUCCCCGUCAACAUGGACCGCGUACUGCAGAGGGUUCUGCUGGCGGGAGGCUCGUGCGCUGCGCUCGGGAUCUGCGUCCUCUGCGUCCCAGUCCUGCUCCGCUUUUCCAGGCAGCCGGUUUCAGCGGAUAACCUAACGGGACCCGGACCGGAACAGGAGUCGGCCCCCCUGCUUACUGAGGAGGUUGUACGGGGGGUGGCGGCCCCCCAGGAAGCAUGUGCACCGGUGGAAAUGAGUUCAGGUCUCCCUGUGUCCACCGGACAUGCCCUGGUGGACAGCCUGCUGGUUUUCCUGCACUCGGAGUCCUUGGAGGAGCUCAGCGCAGGACGCAUCCUGGAGCUUGCGGCUAAGCUGGAGAGAGCGGACGAAGCCCUCCGGAGAGGGACAGCUGUCGAUACGCUGCCCCGGUGGGGAAGUAAGGAUGGCCAGACUCUGGCUAGAAGACUCAGGGGUGUCGGCACCUAUCUGCAGCAGAGGGCGAGGCUUCUACGCACCCUGGGGCAGACCCGCGGGCAGUGCGAGGACAGCGAGCGGGACGUCGUGCUCGGGCUGGAGCUCUGUUGGGAAGAGCUGGAGAAGAUGCACCGCCGCAUCGCUGUUCCUGGUGGGACAGCGGGAGACCUGGAUGUCAGGGAGGUGCUGAAGGAAGUGCAGGGUCUGUCCGCGGAGCUGAGGCAGCGCAGAGAGCGGCUGCAGCUCUGUCAAUCCCACCUGGCGGACACUACACGCGUCCUGCAGGAACUGAGUCGCAACCGGAGGGAACUGGAACGGCAAGCUGGAAGCCCGACAGAUCCCCUCUGGACGGAGCGCCUCCUGCAGGCCAGCGCUGCGCAGAAUGAAGAGAUCCGCUCUAAGUUCCUGUCUCUGGAAAGCAUCGCAGACUGUCUGCGGACACACCUGGAGGGCCUCCGGGUUCAAGGCCGGGACUCUGCAUCCUCAACCUGCCCCCCAACUCCGGUUGAAACCCCCCCGGCAGAGCUGUCUCCGCCUCCCAGUCCCUCUCCGACGUCCCGAUCCUUGAUUCCGGCGCUGGACUGCCUGUGCGGCUCUGUGAGACGGAGAUGAAAUUUGCUUCCCGCAGUUCUUGACCUUCGCCGCAGUUUGAAGAUGCUCUGCCUCCUGGAGAGGAAAUGUGCCGCUGACUUUGUAUUUAACUAUUCGUACAGGUAAACGAGCGUAAUAAAUAUUUUGGUUUUUACA